CGUUAUUACAUGGAAUUAAAUUGCGAAGCUGAGCUGUAUUCGACUCCGCACGGAGAGAGAGAUCUUGAUUCUUCCUUCCACACUUCACCAAAAAAAUAAAAUGAAAGAGAUCGCCGAUCAAAACUUCUUCCGCUACUGCCUCCUCGCCCUAAUUUACUCCGGCCCACCCACCGCCAUCGCUCUCAAAUUCCUCCAAGCUCCUUACGGCAAACACAACCGCACCGGAUGGGGCCCCACUUUAUCUCCCCCACUCGCUUGGUUCCUCAUGGAGAGCCCCACCUUAUGGCUCUCCCUCCUCCUCUUCCCCUUCGGCCGCCACUUUCUCAAUCCAAAAUCUCUCCUCCUCUUCUCGCCUUACCUCCUCCAUUACUUCCACCGCACCAUCAUCUACCCUCUCCGCCUCCUCCGCAGCUCCUCCCCGAGUAAAAAGGGCUUUCCGAUCAGCGUCGCCGCCAUGGCGUUCACCUUUAAUCUCUUCAACGCCUAUAUCCAGGCGAGGUACGUUUCUCAUUACAAGAACGACUACGAAGUACAGUGGUUCUGGUGGCGGUUUAUCGUUGGUUCGGUGAUCUUCGUAACCGGUAUGUGGAUUAACAUCACGUCGGACCGGACUCUGGUACGGCUGAAGAAGGAGCACUACGGAGUUUAUGUGAUACCGAGAGGAGGCUUGUUCGAGUUUGUAAGCUGUCCUAAUUACUUCGGAGAGGUGGUCGAGUGGUUCGGCUGGGGUGUAAUGACUUGGUCUUGGCCCGGGAUUGGAUUUUUUCUGUACACGUGUUCCAACUUGAUCCCGCGCGCACAUGCGAGCCACAUAUGGUACAAUGACAAGUUUAGAGCCGAGUACCCCAAGACUCGGAAAGCUGUUAUUCCUUUUGUGUUCUGAAGAAAAGAAGAAACCAUUUAACCCUUUUCUAAUUUAGCUUCGUCUAGAUUCAGUAACCGGUUUAGUUCUCUUAAUUUUGGUUUAUUGUUCCGGUUUAUGUUGGUGUGUUCUUCAGUAGUGCAAAACUGUGUGUCAUUAAGACAAAAGGUUUGAAUAAAAGAGUGCCACGUCAUAAGAUCA